UGUGUACAUGUGCUUCAUCAGUGUGAAAAAGCGAAGUGUCGAAAACAGGACAGUUGGAUACAUCGCUCUUAUGACUGAAACGAUGACAGAUUCAGACAUUAAAGCAGGACAACCCCAAGUGACUGUGCACACAUUUACCGAACAUGUCAUGGAUACCACUGUGCUUUAUCAAGUUAUCAAAAUGAGCGAUAGUUUCCAUCUUUGGGUCGGAGCGAAACCGUCUCUUGAAAAUAUGGCUCUUGCAAUGAACACCCGAUUUGAAGCUCAGCCUCUUGCCAGCCACUUGUUUGGAGACAGCUCAAACCCAACUGCAAUGAGUCUAGCACAGAGAUUGGCUAAGAAGACAGGGAAGCAGGUGUUUGUGAGCUGCAACAUUGGAUAUGAUCAGCUGGCCAUGCCCGUGGUGGAGAAGCGGAUUAUAGAGGAGAUGAAACAGAGGCCGGAGAUGUUCUGAACCUUCACGGAGACAACAGAUGGUCAAACUUCAGAUUGUGGAAUCAUGGGAAAUCAUAGAGAUGUCCCAGACAGGUCAACUGAGCCGUCACACUACUGACCCCUUUGGGUUUCAAGUGGACUGGGAUGGACAAGGAAAGGGGACAGUCCAUUCAGACAUACAGGGGUGUUUUGCACAUAUUUGGUUGAGGAGAUGAAGAAAAUGUGAAGCAAAUGUUUUGGUAGUAAAUUACCAGGAUGUUACACACUCAAGGCAACAUUAACUAUGCCUGUUGACAAACAUUUUAAGGUGAAAUAAAGCUCUUUGUUACA